AAAACUUUAAAAAAAAAAUUGUCAACACUCCAACAAUACAAUGAGCAAGACAACCGUUCAACAUAUUAAAUGCGUUAUCGUUGGUGAUGGUGCUGUCGGUAAGACAUGUCUCUUGUACGUCUAUGCUAAGAAUCACUUCCCUGAAGAAUACGUUCCAACUGUCUUUGAUAACUACUCUGCUAACGUUAUGGUUGAUGGUAAGACUAUCAACUUGGGUUUGUGGGAUACAGCUGGUCAAGAAGAAUAUGAUCGAUUGCGUCCACUCUCCUAUCCAGGUACCUCCGUCUUUUUAAUUUGCUUCUCCGUUGUUAAUCCAGCCAGUUACGACAAUGUCCGUUUGAAGUGGUACCCAGAAGUCUCGCACCACUGCAAGAAUGUUCCAAUCAUUUUGGUGGGUACUCAAGUCGAUUUGCGUGAAAAUGAAUCGACCGUUCAAAAGUUGCGUGAAAAGGGCAAACAACCAUUGAGCGCUGAACAAGGCGAGAAAUUGAAACAGGAAAUCAAGGCUUUGAAAUAUGCCGAAUGUUCCGCAAAAACUCAACAAGGUGUGAAGGGAGUUUUUGAUGAGGCUAUUCGAGCAUUCUUGUUUAAACAAACUGAACCUGAGAAGAAACCAGCUUCUGGAAAGUGUGAAUUGUUGUAAAAUAAUGAUUUCAUUGUGUUUGUUGACUAUAUAUGUAGAUUAGAAUUUAGUUUCGAAUAAAAAUUUAUUGAAUGUAA